AUGUCAGUUGGUUUUGGGGAAAGUCGAUUCUGAAGGUGAGGAGGACUACAUUAAAGACUCUGCUUGACAAUGGCGACAGGAGUAGCAGCGUGGCUCCCUUUUGCCCGGGCAGCAGCCAUUGGCUGGAUGCCAGUUGCCAACUGCCCCAUGCCUGUUGCACCAAGAGACAACAGUAAGAGACAGGACGAGCUGAUUAUCCUCAAUGUCAGCGGCCGUCGUUUUCAGACCUGGAGAACCACUCUGGACCGAUACCCUGAUACCCUGCUGGGCAGCUCUGAGAAAGACUUCUUUUACAAUGAGGAAAGCAAGGAGUACUUCUUUGACCGGGACCCUGAUGCCUUCAGGAGCAUCCUCAACUUCUACCGGACAGGGAAGCUCCACUACCCACGCCACGAGUGCAUCUCAGCCUACGAUGAGGAGUUGACCUUCUUCGGCAUCAUUCCUGAGAUCAUCGGUGACUGCUGCUACGAAGAGUACAAGGACAGAAAGAGGGAGAAUUUAGAGCGGCUGCAGGAUGAUCAGGAGGAGAACAAGGACCAGAAGCUGCCCCACAUGAACUUCAGGGAGACCAUGUGGCGGGCCUUUGAGAACCCCCACACCUCCACCAUGGCCCUGGUCUUUUACUAUGUCACUGGUUUCUUCAUUGCCAUCUCAGUCAUCACUAAUGUGGUGGAAACAGUCCCCUGCGGUACCACUGCCAACCAGAAAGACAUGCCAUGUGGUGAGCGCUACACGGUGGCGUUCUUCUGCAUGGACACUGCCUGCGUCAUGAUAUUCACAGUGGAGUACCUGAUGCGCCUGUUUGCUGCGCCUAGCCGUUACCGUUUCAUGCGCUCAGUGAUGAGCAUCAUUGAUGUGGUGGCCAUCUUGCCAUACUACAUUGGCCUGGUGAUGACCAACAACGAAGACGUGAGCGGCGCCUUCGUGACACUGCGCGUGUUUCGAGUGUUUCGUAUCUUCAAGUUCUCCCGUCACUCGCAGGGCCUGCGUAUCCUGGGUUAUACACUCAAGAGUUGUGCUUCAGAGCUGGGCUUUCUCCUCUUCUCACUCACCAUGGCCAUCAUCAUCUUCGCCACAGUCAUGUUCUACGCAGAGAAGGGCUCCAGCUCCACCAAGUUCACCAGCAUCCCAGCUUCCUUCUGGUACACUAUUGUCACCAUGACGACGCUGGGGUACGGAGACAUGGUGCCAAAGACGAUUGCCGGUAAGAUCUUCGGCUCCAUCUGCUCCCUAAGCGGUGUGCUGGUGAUCGCCCUGCCUGUCCCCGUUAUCGUCUCCAACUUCAGUCGCAUCUACCACCAGAACCAGAGAGCAGACAAACGCCGCGCUCAGAAGGAUACAGAAGAGGAUGAGCAGAAGCUGCUGACUAAGUCCAUCUCUCUGUUAGAGAGCCAACACCACCACCUACUGCACUGUCUGGAGAAAACCACUGCUCAUGAGUUUGUGGACGAGCAGAUGUACGAGCAGAACUGUUUAGAAACAGCGGUACCAAAUUACCCAUCACGCAGCCCCUCUAUAUCCAGCCACGACAGCUCUUCGGGUACCUGCUGUGGCCGGAGGGGAAAGAGAAACACUCCUCUUCCCAAUGCCAGCCUGCCCUCCACACACCAGGGCCCCCUGCAGGAGCUCAGUGCCAUCCACAUACAGUGUGGUGACCCGCCAUUACACACCGCCAGUCGUUCCAACCUCAACCUGAAAACUGAUAACAGCGGCAGGAUCAACUGCAAAGGCGGCCAGAUCACCACAGCCAUCAUCAGCCUCCCAACGCCCCCGGCUUUGACUCCAGACGGCGAUGGCUUGCACGGGCCCCCACAGAGAAGGCCCCUCCCUCCCCCGGGUCACCCUGCAACUCCGAGCAUCCAGACCACAUCAAGCUCAGCUGGCACCAACAUCGUCAAAGUCUCUGCUCUGUGACUCUCUGGCUGACAGAUGAGAACUCAGCUUAGCAGGAGGAAAGAUAGGAGGAAGAGGAGGAGGCGAAGCAGGUUACACUACCUUUAUGGACGCACAGUGUCCCGUCCCACAGGGUCAACAGAAAGAACGCUGUUCUCCAGAGAAGUCACCUGCUGGUGUUUAAGAGUAGACAGAUGAUGUGGAGACUUUACUGAGGUAGAGGACUGUAGAUAUGUGAACCGAGAAUCACGCACUUGUCAUGUCGUGUAUGCACUGUAGAUACGGACAGAUUUGCUGCAUUUCUAAUAGUUUCUAACAGCAGUACAGAUGUUUUACAGCAAUUACUGUGAAAAAAGAUUGAAAGACAUUGUACAAUUUGCAUAUCAGUACAUCAGCAGAUGCUGUCGACAUACCACAAACUCACAGUAAAUUUAAAGUGAAUUCACAGUGAAAUAGUGAACAGGAUAUUUUGUUGACUUUAAAUGUGUCUGAAGAAAGAAGAAAUGUG